UGUGCACGAAUAUAUCGAGACUUCUCGGUGGGUAAUGUCGGUGAAUAUUCAGUCGAAAUGGUCAUUGAACCAAUNCGGCAACAUCCUCUGGUAGAUCGGUGUAGACUGACUUUGAAAAUUUGUGAAUGCGAUCAAUUCUCGACGCAUUUCGACGAUUUUGGCGUUACACCUGAGCAUGCAAAUGGAAAACGUGUGCACAUCACAAUUGGAAUGCGUUUCGCAAGGCAAGAAUUCGAAACGGACUUCAGUAAUUGCUGUAAUUGUUGUUGUAAAUUGGCGGAUCCGAUCACUCCGAAUGAUUUUCGAUCGAAAGCACUCGAAACGAUGAACUGUUCCAGUGAUUACAAAUUGCUUUGUAUGGACGGUGAGCUGAAAACGUCGAAACAUCUGCUAUUCGUUGCAUCACCACGUUUUCGAAAACAGUUUUCCAGUGAAGCUCAACCGUCAUCUGAAUGUCAUUUAGAAUUCACUCGUGCAGCUGUUGAACAGGUAUUGAAGUUUAUAUAUGUUGGUGUAUUUUCGCUAGAUACAAAACAAGCGGAUUGUUCGUUUGUACGUCAAUUGAUCACCUUUGGACGAUAUUUUCAAUUCGGAUAUUUGGAAGAACUCAAAAAUCAGCUGCAAACGCAACUUUGUGCGUAUUUAUUCAAUGUCAGUCAUGAGCUUAACGUUUUCCUUUAA